UAUUAAGGUUAUCUAUCUGUCAGUAUUCGUCGAUAAGGUUAUGUUUAUUGUUGUAACCGAUUUUUCGGCUAUUAUUAAUAAUUAUGGCGUUAUAUGAUAACAAAUACUGGUUAUUAUCGCAUAUUAGAAAUUCAUUUAUAUCAACUGAUGAUACAGGAAUGUGUGAAUUAGUAAUGGUAGGUGAAGAUCUUCCAAAAAAAUUAUUGGAAUCUCGAGGUUACACAGACCCAGAUAACUCCAGCGAUGAAGACGACGAAGUCGAGCAUGAAUCCUACGAUCUACAAUUUGAUACUCAAUUUAGCCGUUUGCGUUCAGACGUAACAGUUCGGAUGGAAAAAAUGGCUCUAGCUAAGAAACGAGCUGCUAAAAUAAAGCAGGUUAAAUGGGAUUCAAACCCCCCAGAACUAGACAAUACCGAUGUGAUAGAUCUGUUUAGCAAAAAAGAAAUUAAAAAUGUUUCACCACAAAAAUCUUUAUUAACAAUACAAGUUCUGAAUUCAUCAAAUUUACCUCGAAACCCAUUCACUGAGUAUGCUAAAUUCGACGGUAGUGCUCAAAUUGGUAUUCCAACAAGACGGUUUAAAAUUUUUUUGACAAUGUUACCUGAAGAACAACGAAAUUAUCCUAUGGUUGUUUGUUGUAUUGCAGCUGCAAAAAUUUCUGAGUUUAUUGGGUUGAUUUUGUUGAAAUGCAGUACAAUUCAUGGUCACAUCCAAUUAAAAUCUCCGAGUCAUUACGGUUUGUAUUUAACGGAAGAAGAUGGUGAAAUUGAAGCGUUUCCUUGUUUAGACGCAAAAGAAUCGGUCGCAAAAUACUCAUUCACCCAUUUAAGUUUGGUAAAAAAAGCUAAAGAAGAACGAAACGAAGAUGAGGAAUCGGUACAAGCCGAAGAUUUGCCGGUUAUUGAGGUGCGGGAUUCGCCGCUACAAGAAUCUGUUGGAAUGAAAUUAAUGGAAGUGCACGAUACCGCUAUGGAAUCUCAAUUGUACAAAUCAUUUCAAGUUUAUAUACUCAGCAAAGUUAGACCGAAAGUUGAAAUUCAUUUGGGAAUUAGCGGGGAAAAAAUCGAAAUUGACCCGGUUCAACAAAAAAAUUCCAAAUUUCCUUUUGUACGUCAAAAAGCUGUUAGUUAUCAUAUGGAUUCGAUUGCUUGUUGUGAUAUUGUCGAUGCUAAAUCAAAUCGGGCAGUUUUUAGGAUUGUUUAUUCAGCUAUUGAUCCAGCAAAUUCUGGAUCUUUUGGUCAAACAAUGAAUUUUAAACAUUACGAUUUCGAAUCAGAUCUUAAUACAGCUAAAGCGAUCGCUCAAAAAAUUAAUCAGAUUUUAGAAAUUCGAUCAAGCGUUUCUAGAAAAGAAUACAAUGAAUUAAGGGAAAGAAAAUUGAAAAUAAAACGUUUUAGCUUAAAUAAAUGACUAAGAUCGAAAUUAGGAAAAUAUUUGUCACUAUUAGCUUGCAAUAUUAAUUGUUUUGUAUACCUAACUCAGAAAUAAAUAAGGAGAUCUUACUUUU